GGCGGCUCCCCCCGGGGACAUCCGUGUGCCGGCCCACUGUGGCGAGGUGUGUGACGCCAGAAGCGGAGCCGAGCCUCAUAUUUGGGCACGAAGCAGGUUAUUGGAGGCCGUGGCCCUGCAGCUGGGCGAUCCCUCGGCUGAUAAAGGCUCCCCUGGUGCUGCCGCCUGCACCGGCUCCGGUGCUGCCGCUACAUCAUCCCCUGCCUGCGCUGGGGGUGCGGGACCUGUCGGGGAUGGGGCCGGUCGUGGCGCUGGGGCUGCUGCUGUGCCUGCAGCUGUGUGGGGGCUCCGGGCAGCUGCGGCUGGUGGGGGGCGGCGGGCGCUGUGCCGGACGCGUGGAGGUGAAUCACGACGGUGAGUGGGGCUCCGUCUGUGUCUACGACUUUGACUGGCAAGCCCGCUGGGCCACCGUGGUGUGCCGGCAGCUGGGCUGUGGCCGCGUGGCCUCGUCGUCCCCGUACGCCCCGUUCGGGCAGGGCAGCGGCCGGAUCUGGCUCCAGCCCUUCUACUGCCGUGGCACCGAGGAGGUGCUGGAGGAGUGUCCGCACUAUGAAUGGGGCCAGCACUACUGCGGCCACGAGCGGGACGUGGGGGUGAUCUGCACAGGUGAGGGGGACAGGCUGGCCAUGGGGACACCCACCUUGUGCCAGGGUGUGCCGGGCACGGCUGAGCUGUGCCGGUGUCCCGGUGCAGAGGCCGUGGAGCUGAGGCUGGUGGAUGGUGGCGGUCCCUGUUCCGGGAGGGUGGAGGUGAAGCUGCGGGGACACUGGGGCUCGGUGGCAGAUGACAACUGGGACAUGGAUGAUGCCGAGGUGGUGUGCCAGCAGCUGGGCUGUGGCUCGGCUGCCGGCGCCUACUCCUCCCGCGACCGCUUUCGCGCAGGGACCGGGCCCAUCAACCUGGCCGUGGUGGACUGCAAUGGGGAGGAGGCCACACUGUGGGACUGCAAGAUCCGCGGCUGGGGACCCUACAGCGGUCCCCAUGACUAUGACACUGCCGUCAUCUGCCAAGGGUUUUCCCGGCUGGUCGGAGGUGACAGAGCCUGUGCCGGGCGGUUGGAGGUGCGGCAGCGCCAGGCCUGGGUUGGCGUCUGCGCGGAGCACGUGGACAUGAAGGUGGCCCAGGUGGUGUGCCGGGAGCUGGGCUGCGGCACGGCGCUGGCCAUCCCCGGCAGCGGCCGGUUUGGGGCGGGAACGGGGCCGCUGUGGGAGGGGGGGUUCAACUGCACCGGCAGCGAGCCCCUCCUCAGCGCCUGCGCCCGGCGGGUGCCCCACAGCCAGGGCUGCGCUGGCCACGCCACCAUCAUCUGCUCCCCCUACACGGGCUUCCGGCUGGGGAACAGCAGCUCGGGCUGUGCCGGGCGGGUGGAGGUGGAGGUGAGGGGCACGUGGGGGUCCGUCUGCGCCACCGACUGGGACCUGCCCGAUGCCGACGUCCUGUGCCGCCACCUGGGCUGUGGCCACGCCGUCACCGUGCCCCCGGGAGGCUCCUUCGGCAGCGGGGACGGGCCGCUGAGGCCGGACGCCUUCGGCUGCAGCGGGAGCGAGCGGCACCCGGGCGAGUGCCCCGUGGCGGUGCUGGGGGAGCCCCCCUGCAGCCCGGGGAACGCUGCCGCCGUCAACUGCUCAGGUCUGUGUGGCACCUGUGGGAAGAGCCUCCAAGGGCUUUUGGGACACCCCAAGAAUUGGGAGCGGAGCACUCAGGGCUGUUUUGGGAUGAGGGGAGGGCUGAACCAGGUGCCACAGCCUCACGGCACUGCUGGUGAUUUUUCAGGCACUGAAGGCACCAUCAAUUCCGUGCGGCUGGUGGAGGGUGAGAGCCGGUGUGACGGGCGGCUGGAGGAGGCCAUAACCACCCCAGCCUGGCGCCGUGUGCCUGUGGAGCAGUGGAAGAGAUGGGAUGUCGACAUGGUGUGUGCUGUGCUGGGUUGUGGCCUGCCAAAGGAGAUCUACACAGCCUUGGGUAUGGCACCCACUGCACUGACCAGCAGCGCCAGGGAGGUGGAUGUCAUGACGGAGGAGACAGAUGUCGUGACAGAGGAGGUGGAUGUCGUGACGAGGGAAAUGUACAACAUCUCGGGGAUGGGCCCUGAGCUGACCAGGAGCCUCGAGGAGAUGGAGGACAUGCCGGAGGAGACCUCCCAUGUCUUAGAGAUGGGCCCUGCACCAACCAGCAGCCCUGAGGAGAUGGUCAUCGUCUGCUCAGGUGGGUGUCCCGAGAAGGGCCGGGCUGCUGGUGCCCUGAGCAACCCCCAGCCCGGUCCCUCCGUGCCCGCAGGCAGCCGGCGGGUGAGGCUGGCGGGCGGUGCCGGGCGCUGCGCCGGGCGCGUGGAGGUCUAUGCCGGUGGCACCUGGAGCAGCGUGUGCCAGGAGCGCUGGGACCUGCGGGCCGCCGCCGUUGUGUGCCGGGAGCUGGGCUGUGGCGCGGCACUGGAGGCCCCCGGCUCGACGCGCUUCGGCCCCGGGCCGGGGACAGCGUGGCCGUACGUGGUUGAGUGCGCCGGGAACGAGGAGUCUCUCUGGGAAUGCCCACGCUCGGAAGGGCGCGAGUGCGAGCGCGGGGCCGGGGCCGGGGCCGUCUGCUCAGAGCAGCUCUCCCUGCGGCUGGCGGGCGGGCGCGGGCGCUGCAGCGGGUACCUGGAGCUGCUCCACAACGGCACCUGGGGCCGCGUGUGCGCCACCGGCACCAGCCCCGGCACCGCCGCCGCCGUCUGCCGGCAGCUGGGCUGCGGGGACGGGGGGCAGCUGGCACCCGGCCCCGCCCAGCAGCCGGCCCCCGCCUGGCUGGCCUGGGUGGGCUGCGAGGAGGGGGCCCGCUCGCUCUGGGGGUGCCCGUCGGCACCCUGGCACCUGCAUUCCUGCGGCCCCGGAGGGGACGCCUACGUGGCUUGUGUUGAGGACAGUGACAACCCCAGCGAGACAGCCACCACCCCGUGCCCGGACGGGGCCACCUGCACAGCUGUCCCCAGCAGCAGCGGCCCUGCGGUGGCCAGGGGGACUGUGCCGGUGCCAAGUGGGCAGGUGCCCAGGGGGACUGUGCCGGUGCCGGUGGUCCUGUGCGUGGUCCUGGGGACGCUGCUGUGCCUGGCCCUGGGCGCCCUGGCCGUGCUGAUGUGCCGCGCCCGCACUUGGCGCCGAGGUGCCGGCAGAGCCGUGGGUGCCAUCCCCGACGCCAUCUACGAGGAGCUGGACUACAGCGCGAUGCCGGAGUACCAGGAGGUGCCCAGUCGCCCAGGUUCCCCGCGGGAGGGCUCCGUGAAGAAGCUGCUGUAUUACACCGGGGACAGCGUGGAGGGGAGUGACACCGGGGCAGCCCCAGUCCCAGUCCCCCCUGCCCUGCCUGGGCACAGAACCCCGGAUGGCUAUGACGAUGCCACGGCUGGAACCCUGGACAGUUAUGACGAUGCCAUGGUUGGAACCCCAGAUGGCCACAACGAUGCCAUGGCUGGAAGCCUGGAUGGCUACGAUGAUGCCACAGCUGGAAGCCUGGAUGGCUACGACGAUGCCAUGGCCGUGCCAGAGGAAUCCCCCACUCCCAGCACUGGGGACAUCUCCAAGGGAGUGGCACAGAGGGGCUGGAUCUGUGUCCCACCCACAGGUGGGAGCUGCCCCCCUCCAAGUCCCCCCGGAGCCACAAGGGACCCCCCGGGACAGCCCCCGGGGCACAUGGACUAUGAUGAUGUCGGCACCAGCGCCCCGGGGACGUCGCAGUGAGGAUGUCCCGGCCACGUCCCAUCCCUGGGGACACGUGUGCUAUGGCCAUGGAGGUCACCUCUCCCUGACCAGGACUGCAGUGCAGGCAGAAAAGUGCUCUAGUGUAGGGAUUUUCUUUUAUAUCAAUGUGAAUUUCUCUUUUUUCCUAUUAAAACCCCAAACUGGCUGAAGACUCA